AGUACAUACCCAAGAUCUGGGUAGCAGAGCAUUUCAUACAACAGCAUAGAAAAAAGAAUCUAGCAAGCACAUCGAACACAUCGAACUUACCGAACGUAUCGAUCAAAUCCAGCAAAUCCAGCAGCUCCAACACAUCCAACAAACGCAUCAAGAAUAUCUGGCACAUCUGGCACACCUAAACUUGUUACCAUUCGAUCUACUUCUCAUCCCCGCGCAGUUCCUCUGGCUUGUUUCGUUAGAUGGAAGGGUAAACUGUGGGUUUUCCCCGUCAGGUCCACCGCUAAGGUACUUCAGAAGUCCAUGAAACCUUGCCUUGCCGUCUUUCUACAUCUUCCUACCGCUUCCUUUAUAUUAGGUGCCCUGCCCGCUUACCUCUCUGCAUAUACUUAUAUAGUGCUCAAGCCCUUGCCAGAAGAACCACAGUCCCUCUCUUCUCUUCCUGCAUCCUACACCUUUUCGAAGACGACGGCCUUCCCACUACCAAUCUAGCCUAGUUUGAUUCCACUUCCCGAUUAGACCAACCCCUACGCUAAAAAAGUGCCCUUUGUUUCCUCCGUCCCUGAAACACUCCCGUCUAUAGCUUCCAAGCUUUCUUCCAGGCGCGAGAGACACGUGCCGAAACUGACUACGAUAGAAAUUUCGGUAGAGCUCGAAUGAUACAUUGAAUAGUAGCUAGGUGGGAGCAAGAAGUAGGACAAGAGACAAAAUGAGUUCAGGAUACCCAGCUCCGCCUAUUCAUCACUCGCAGGGGUUUUCGCCAGAGAUGCCAGGCCCCUCCGCGCACCAUCCGGGCUAUGCCCAACUGCCUCCUCCCAUGCCUUCGAACCCAUACUACCAACAAGAUCCCAUAAGCAACCCUCACCGGGCAAACAUGCCUCCUCCGCGAACGAACAUGGCCCCGCCCAACAUGCCCGGGUCUAGAGACCGUGCUGUCGAGCUCGGCGCAGCAGAGAAUGGUGCCAGCGGUUCGGGGCCUAGUCCACUUACUACCAAACCAGGAGCUGAGGAAAAGGACAAGCCAGCUCCGCAACCAAUUGAGGGCACCGACGCAACAAGGAAAUAUAGGCUCGAGGUUGUUCAACAACCCCUGAGGGCGAGAAUGUGUGGCUUCGGUGACAAGGAUCGACGGCCUAUUACUCCUCCGCCCUGUAUCAGACUAGUGGUGAUGGACAAGACUACCGGCAAGGAGGUAGAUUGCAACGAGGUUGAACACCAACAUUAUGUGUUGCACGUAGAUCUUUGGUCCGAGAAUGGGGAUAAAGAGGUCAACUUGGUCAAGCACUCACAACAAUCGCCGUCUAUCUCAUCCACCCAGGCAUCUUCUUUCCGUGAAGUGAUUGAGGGUAGCCAGACUGGGGGCUAUGGAUAUCAGUCGAUUGUGCCCUCGAACCGCGAUUAUGCACAACCUAACCCUGGAUACCCUCACGCCAUGCCUUACCAGCCAGACCCAUAUGGACAAGGGUAUGGGUAUCCCCAACAAGCCCAGCCAUAUGGCUAUCCUGGUGGUGGCUACCGAAACGAUAUGGUGCCGGGGGUACCUCAGUUGCCAUCUCAGCCAAUGUUCGGUCCCCGAUUCUCGCAGGAUAUGUCGGGACACCAGAUGACGCACAACCGGCUGAUGGGGACACAAUCGCCAAAUGGCAUGUACACGAGAAAUCUCAUUGGCAGUCUUGCUGCCAGUGCAUCGCGUCUCACAGACCCCACCGAUAAGAUUGGAAUUUGGUUCAUUUUACAAGAUUUGAGUGUUCGAACCGAAGGAUGGUUUAGACUACGAUUCUCCUUCAUCAAUCUACGACGACCCGACGCAAUUCCCAACGGCGGCAGUGACGCGGAACUACUAAACAGGGGUAGAGCACCCGUUCUUGCGCAGGUUUUUAGCGAAAAGUUUCAAGUUUAUUCAGCCAAGAAAUUCCCCGGUGUUUGUGAAAGCACCGCUCUCAGCAAAUGUUUUGCUGUGCAGGGAGUCAAGAUCCCCAUUAGAAAAGAUGGCCAAGACGGGAAAGGAAGCAAGGGCCGAGGAUCAGAUGAUGAAGACGAUAAUUAAGAUGUGUCUACAACCGAUGCUCGAAUAUGAGUCAAGAUGGCUCUUUCUGAACAGGUGCCUGACCUACCGACCUACUUACCUACCUACCUGUACCUAGUAGUACAUCUGUUGGGUUGGGCUACAUACAUGUAUGUCUCAGAGGACGCAAGGUAGCCUCUUCCCGUUAUCACGAUGCUAUCACGGUAGCACGGACGUUU